AUGCCAUACACUUCGUUCCAAGCCGUAACCUGGGCCGGUUACUCAACCGCUUUCGCCGGAUUAGACCCAGUUCACGGGCCGGCUUACGACCUGCGAAAUGCGUGUUGGGAUAACGAAGUGGAUGAAAAUAUUGGAAACGGGCGCUCUCUCCGCGAAUUUCCAAGGUCGCCGUUGUUGUUUGCAGUGAUUUCGUAUGCAAAAAUGAAACCCCAUUUCGAUCACCCGCUGAUUAGACGGAUUUGAAGACUAACGCCGAGCGGAAGACUCUCGACAUUUCGAUUUGUGAUGUCAUUCCAAGUGUGUAGCGCGUUUCUGGGACUACUUUUAUUUCUGCCGAAAAUCCGCUCGCAAGGCUAUGAUUUUGGAGGGUUUUUUCUGCCUCCUCUUACUUUUGCUCCCGUCCCCACAACCACCGCAAUUCCCUGCGCACCAUGGACGCUGACGAACAAUGUGGUGCCGGUUGCAGCGGCGGGCUCGAUUGACAGUCGACCCAAGUUUGUGCAGCCAAGUUUAGCUCCUGUUACGGCAAAGAGUACGACUCUACGGCCGGUUAGUAUCAAAAUGACUACGACAACAAGCCCUCCAUCAAGCGGGAUGGUCAUUCAAUGGGAGCCAUCGGUCAAGGUAGGCGUUGAGGGGUUUUACGACAAAAGAAUCAAUGAUUUUAGCGUCCGUCACCGUCUGUGCCGCAAGAUGUGAUUGCGAACAAGUGUUUCCGAACAAUUUGCAAAGAUUGGGUCGACGAAUGUCAUUGGUUUUGUGAUUGGAUCCAAACAAACGUAAGUUUGCAUUGUCUUGGACUAGAAAAAGGCGACAGUCCUGCAUUCAAUGGGAAGAAUCGAGGGGGAAAUCACAAGUUAGCAUGCUCGAGAAUGGAGGCGACAAUUUUUGGCGUUUAUUGCUUUUAAUGUCAGCGAAAUUUCGAGAGAAGGUAUCCAAAAUGCUCCACCAAAAUUUCAGCGAAAAGUUGCAUCCGUAGGAACGGCAAAAGUCGGUCAAUUUUGCACGUUCAUUGUGCAUAGACCUAAUAUCAAUUCCUAGGCAUAUUGGCUAGCGCUUUAGACCCCAGCAAUUGGAGGAAAGGACAUUCGAGGACAAGAAACAUAAAGAAACUUCUUUUACCGCCCUGCUGGCUAACUAAAUGCCAAAUUCGCUUGUCCAAACCCUCAAGAUCUUGUAUCUUUCCAUUAUCGGUUAGCCAUACUCUUAGUUUGCUCAGCCAGCUACUCAACCCCACACUAAAUAUUUGUUCAAGAGCUAGCUGGGAAAACUGAGAGUAUGACUACCCGUAAAUGGGAAGAUCCAAGGUUUUGAGGGGCUGGGGCCAAUGCGCUAACUGAAAGUUUGCUGAAAGUUAGCUGAAAAUUGUAGGGCGCAGCUCGGAAAACAACGUUCAGCAGCUCGCCGGAGCUAAGUUUCAGCUUUUUUUCGAGCUGCGCCCAAGACGCGAGCUGCGCCCGUGCAAGUUCUCCGAGCUGCGCCCUAUGAUUUUCAGCAACCUUUCAGAUAGCGCAUUGGCCCCUGGACAACGGAAUUUGGCAUUUAGCUAGCAAACAGGGCGACAAAAGAAGUCUCUUUACGUCCCAAUCGUCCCCUUUCUCGAAUGUCCUUUCCUCCAAUCGCCGAGGUCCAAAGCGCGAGCCAAUAUACCUAUGAAUUGAUAUUACGUCCAGGCACAAUAAAUGUGCAAAAUUGCCAGACUUUUACAGCUCCUACGUACGCAACUUUUCGCUAGAAUUUUGCUGGAACCUUUUGGCUACCUUCUCUCGAAAUUUCGCCGACAUUAAAAACAAUAAACACCAAAAACAGACACCUCCAUUCUUGAGGAUCCUUUGAUUUCCCCUUCAAUUCAGCCCAUUCAAUGAUCAAUGCGCCUCUAAACUUUGAUUUCAGGCCCAACAACGUCGUUGUGUUGAGUGUUUAUCUUGGCGUGGGAAGCAUUGUUUCUCCUGCUUUCAAAAGUAA